AGCUGUUUCAUCAUUGAAAUUGACUGGAUUUUUUUAAAAAAGAUUUCUCAAAUUUUUUCCGUGAGUGUUUUUUUCAAAUCCAUUUAAUUUCUUUCGUAAAUAAUAUAAAUAAUCAAUUCGAAACAUUUUUAUUUCAAUUUCAUAUCAACACUACAACGAGUGGCAAAUAUAAUAUUUCACCACACUGAAUGGUGGUGACAUUCAGUUGAUAACAAAAAGCUUGACAGUUUGUUUACAUCAACACAGAAAUAUUUUCCAUCGAAGUGCUACAGCAGAUAAAAUGAUUUAAGUUGAUUGAAUUGCAAUUGAAAUCGAUAUUCCGGAAGAGAUUUCAAAAGAGCUGCGAUUAAAAUGAGUAAAAUCGAACUGUCGAAUAUAGUGAUUGAAGGCUUGAAAAGCCUAAAUACCGUGAUAAGUUCGGAUUUAACCAAGAAAAUCAUAUCGAAUGCAGUAAAAAUGGCCUUGCAUUCGGAUGCAAACAUUCCAUCGAAUCCCGAAAUCUAUGCAACAACACCAGUCUACACAAAGCAGGCGGAAUAUGCGGUGUUGACGUUGAUGUUCUUGGCAAUCAAAUACGACUUGGAUAAUGCGAAAUUAAGAGAAUUGCUUGAAGAGCACGGCAUAUCAGAUGUGGCAACCGAAGAGUUGAUCUCCGUAUACGAAAAGAAUCAAACAUCGUUGCGAAUACAAAAUUUGACGACGGGAUUAAGUGUGCCGCACGUAACGAAUGUCGAAUGGAAACUGACUUGCGAUGUGAAAUCAUCGCAAAUCGAUUCAACCACCGGUGCCUUGAAUUUUCGCAUCAAUUUUGGGAGGUACAAAGAGCUGAGCGGUGAACGUGAAACAAUUACCGAAUUUGUGUGCAAUGCCGAAGAACUACAAUUCCUUAUUGGACGUCUCAAAGAGAUUGAACGGCAUUGCGAACAAGUUGGAAUGGCAAAAUGAGCAUAUAUUCCAGCAUUUUGUGGCCAACAUCUAACGUAUUAUAGUGUAAUAUGCGGUCAAAGCAUUAUGAUUCCAUGUUAAAAAAAAACAUUCUUGCAAUCAAACAAAACUCAUAGCAAAUAAAUACACUCGAAUAUUCAUUAUGGGCAACCGUUUUUCCACAACAGUUGACUCACUGUUUGAAUGCCUGUUAAGUGGUGAUUGUUUGAUUUUUAUUUCAAUGGAACAACGACCAUUUUUUUCAAGUUUUCAAUGCAAUUUAACAAAUGAAGCUCAAGUGAUUGCUUUUCAAAAAUACCUAAUUUCUCCACAAGUAAAAUAAGUACAAUCGAUUUAGUUCGGUUGAACACCCAUUACGAACAACUCUUCGUAAUUUCGAAUAUGCAUCCCGCCAAGCGCGUAAGAAA